AUGCCCACUUCCAAGCAGGCGCUCCAGCCGCGUCCGCCGCAGUCGUCGUUGCGGCUGUUCGAGCGGAUAUGCCAGCUCGUCUUCGUCUUCUCCAUCUCCUUCGCCGCCAUGUACAUCAUGAUCACCAAGAUCUCGCCGGGCAAGUGGCCGUUGACGGAGCCGUCGGUGAGCAAGCCGCGGCUCAGGGUGUCCUCCCAGCGCGACUACAUCAUCGCCGUCUUCUCGGACCUGCACUUUGGCGAGCAGGAGUUCGGCUGGGGCAUAGACCAGGACGUCAACUCGACGCGGGUCAUGCGGUCGGUCCUGAAGACGGAGCAGCCCGACCUGGUCGUGCUCAACGGCGACCUCAUCACGGGCGAGGACACGCACAAGGAGAACUCGACGGGCUACGUCGACCGGAUCGUGCAGCCGUUGGUCGAGACAGGCCAGCGCUGGGCGUCCGUCUACGGGAACCACGACUCCAAACACACCCUGGACCGCGCGCAGCUGUUCCGCGCGGAAAAGGGCUACGACCUCUGCUACACGACGUCCAUGGGCGGCGGCAAACUGCCGGGCAUCACAAACUACUACGUCCCUGUCUUCGAGGGAGACUCCAAGGACCCCAUGCUGCUCCUGUGGUUCUUUGACAGCCGGGGCGGCACUAGCUACCAGACGGAUUCCGAUAACAUGGACGACAUUCCAAACUGGGUCGCCCCCGAGACCGCCGCCUGGUUCACCGAGACGUACGACGAGCUCAAGGCGACGCACGGGCGCGUCAUUCCGAGCGUCGCCUUUGUCCACAUUCCGCCGCACGUGUUCCUGGAGGCCCAGCAGGCCAAACUGGACCCCGCCCUGUUCCCUGGCCUGAACGCCGACAGCCCGCUCGCCGUCCAGGGCGGCCAGGGCGAGGAGGACGCGCCCUUUGUCGAGGCGCUGCUCGAGGCCGAGGGCCUCCACAGCGUCUACGUCGGGCACGACCACGGCGACUCGUGGUGCUCGACGUGGCCCGGCCACGAAGCCGGGCUCGGCGCCGAUGCGCCGUUCCUCUGCUUCGCCAAGCACACGGGCUACGGCGGCUACGGCACGUGGAACCGCGGCGCCCGCGUCAUCAGGCUCUCCUUCGCCCAGGGCGACGACCCCGAAAUGUCGGUCGAGACGUGGGUCCGCAUGGAGGACGAGCAGGUCGUCACGCGCGUCUCCCUCAACGAGACGUACGGGCUGGACAAGUACCCUUCAAACGACGGGGAGUGA